AUGGGCGACACCGGCUCGCCAGGUGAGUUUCGCGCCGGUUUUGCCGGCCCCCUCCAGCAGUGGCUCGGGGCCAGCCAGGCCCCCGCCUUCGAUGCUCAGCGCGCUGCGUUCCCGCGUGAGGUCUACGCAGGUUGGUUCGAAUAUGUAGACGACCUCGCUUAUUUUCUGAUGCUCCAGAAGGGGGCUCUUUCGGGGGCCGCCAUUCGCCAGUUUUAUGCGGCGGAGGUCGGCGGGGCCAGAGUGGCCGGUGACGCGAGAUCUGUGAACGGCACUUCCCAUUUCUACCUGGGCGGGGAGGCAGUGAUGGCGACGCCCAAGUGGCAAUUCCCCGAGCGCACUCCAGGCGGCGCAGUGGCCGACGGCGCCCCGCGAGCCGCCGAGGCGAAGGGCCCCCGCCCUCGACGACAGCGGCCGCAGGGGCAGGCGCCGCUUCCAGCCGAUGGGGCCGCGUCAGGAGGCGCAGCUAGCAGCGGCAGCGGGGGCCCCAACAGCAAGCGGCAGCGCGGCAGGCAUCUGGGGAAGGUGAAGGAAAUGGGCUUCACCAAGAAGCAGGCCCAGUUCCUCAAUGCACUAAUCAAGCAAACGCUGAUGACGACGCUGAUGGCGCGCGACAUGCGGGCAGCGGGCGCGGGCACUUUCUUCCUGAACGCAGACCUGCCCGAGAUCGAGGCAGCGCAGGAAGCGCGGGCGACAUGUUCAUCAGAAGCCCGAGCCCGCGGCAAAGGCCACUGGCUCGCCCCCCCCCACCUCCAUAUCUUCAAUGAGUUCGCCGGCAAGUUGCUCGAGCGCGGGCUCGCGCUGGGGCAGAGGGCGCUCGCGAUUCUCGAAGAGUGGCACGUGCGAAUAUGGUGCGAGCAGCAGCCGCACGAGCUGCGCGGCGUGCUUCGUCCGCUCCGCAUCACGAAGUGUUUCGACCAGAACAAGCGGAACCUGCAUCUGAUGCUGAAGGACGUGCCCAUGCCGAGCGCGCCGCCCGAGUCCGACGAACAGCCGCCGCCUUCGCCUCUGACCGUGAGAGCCCUCCUGCAGAGAACAACCGAGGAUCCGCCCAAUGCGAUGAAGUUCCUCGGGGGCCUCCUGGGCGGCAAAGGCAGUGGUAAAGAGUUGGUGGACAAGCUGGUUGGGGAGCUGGAGGGCGCGGGCGUCACAGACAGCACCUGGGCGGCGUGCGAGAGCUCCGAUGCCCUGGAGGACGCCAUUGAGGACGAUCUGCCGCGGGAGCGGCUCGUGCCCGUGCUGGAGAGGUGCCCUCGCAACGCAUUCAACUUCUGCGCGCGUUGCGUUGCGGCUGCGGAAGCGGCGUUGGCUUUGCAGGGCGACGCCUUCGACGAGGGGGCCGAGGGCAGGCUGGUGAACUCGUGCCUGCUGCUCGCGAAGAUCCUGUCCGCGUCGCCCGCGGGCUCCAGGACCUCCACUGAGCGGCCCCGCGGAGCAUCGCGCGGGCGGCGCCACGGAGUUCUGCGGCUUUCUGUGGCAGGCCAGGGAGGGCGCAUGCUGGGGCAGCGCGCCCUGGAUAUGACGCUGCGGGCGCUCUUCCACGAGGCCCCGUCGGCGGACGAGGAGAUGCGGAAAGCCAACUCAGACGGUGUAACGCCGGCGCUCAUUUGGGCCGACGGCGUCGGGCCAGAGAGGGAAAGCAUCCCUAAGCCAGACAAGGAGACGCGGUCGAACCGGCAGCUGGUUUUGCAGCUGCUCGCGGCGCUGCUCGUGGGCGGCGCCCCCGCGGCCGCGGCCGAGCGGCAAGCCGCCGCGGAGGCGGCGGAGGGCGAGGCCGCAACGGGCGCGGAGGUGGCUGGGAGGCGGCUGCUCGUGGGCGACCCGCGCCCGCUGGCCUACCUGUGCGACCCGGGGGAGCCGGUGCCGUUGCGCGGCGAGCUUCUCUACUCGCUCCUGUCGACCGCGUUUGGGUACGACCCCCACGGCUUCGGCGUGCCGUACGCGGGCUACAUCAUGGAUUCGAAGGACGAAGAGUUCGCGGCGACGUGUCUCCAGGUGCUCGGCGUGCUGCUGCAGGACACGGCCGACGCUGAGGUGCCGAUGAAGUCCGCGGUUGCGGAGAGAAGGCCGCAGGAGGAGGUCCGGGCUGCCCUGGAGCGCGCCCGCGUGGGCGAGGGUGCCCAGGACCGAGCUGGCGCUGGAGCCGGCGCCGCCGCCCCCGCUGGCGGCGGGCACGUCUUCCGGGACCUGCUCCGCGCCAUCUCCUCCGAGUCCGAGGUGAACUUCCUCGUCAACGGCGUCAUGACAUUGAUAGGUACCAUCAGCGAGGAGCGGAGCACCUACCUGCCCAGUUCGAUGCGCUUGCCGCCCUUCCUGCCCGAGGUGAUGCUGAUCGUCUUCCACCUUGCCACUUGCGAGGCCUUCGUCGCCUGCGCCUGCGCGCAGGGCGAGGCCCCCGCCCUCGUGGAGGGGCUGCUGCACGUGGCCUCCCGGGUGCCAGAGCACCUGAGCGAGGAGACGGUCGCGAUGCUCGUCGGGCUGGUGGUGCUGCGGCUGACCGCCUACCGGGAGCACCCGAUGUUGCCGCCCCGGAGGACUUCUCCGGCGACGUGCCAGACGACCUGCCCGACUUCCAGGGCUCCGGGACCGACCUCGUCGCGCUCGCCGCCCUGA